AAAUUCUUUAUUGACUAUUUGUGGGAGGAUCUUGUGUCUUAUUGCUAAUUAUGACGUCUCAGAAACCACGUGAUGAAACGGCAAAAAAGAUGGUCUCUUAAAAGGCGAUCACCGAUUCGAAACAUUCAGUAAUUUUCUGCGUGAUUCAUGUCACUCAACCAUUGAUUUGUUUGAAGACAAUUAAAGCACAAUGAAGGACAAAAAAGUUAUGAAGACCAGCGUAGCUGCUCUCGUUCUAUUUAUGGCACUGAACAGUGUUCAAUCUCAAGGAUUAAUGGGUGGUGGCUAUAAGCACCGAGGUAAUCAUGCUAUAGAAUUACUUUUAGCCACAGGAAUAUUGGCUAAAUUGUUCAAUCACCGAGGAAAACUUGGGCAUGCUGGUCGUCAAUUUAUGAGCGCGCUUAUUGGAGGACCCCGUUAUCAUCAUCCAAGGUUUGCAAACGCCAGGUUUCCCCUCGACAUGGCUAUUGGUCAUCCUGCCUUGUUGCAAGACGACAUUCUAGAUGCUAGUGCAUUAAGUUCAAUGAAUGUUCCCUUAAUGGACAACGACCUCCUACUCAACCAAGAGAGUUCAUUACUUGCAGCCAGAGCACCACUUCUAAUGUCUCCCUCCACACAAUUCUUUAACGAUGGCCAUCUAUUUGCUGAGGCACAACUCAACCAACAGCUCUUAGCUGCCAGGAGAGCUAGAAAAAUAUUAGAAGCCAAGAAACUUUUGGCAGCUUCUGAGGCGAAGAAUAUUUUAGCAGCACAAAGUGAAGCAAUGCAGAUGUUAGCAGCUGAAGAUGCUGCGCAAGCAACUGCUUUUCUAGCAGCGGAUCAAUCCCGACAGUAUUCCAGUGCAAUGCCUCCCCCAAAACACUUUGUUCCUCGCCAAGUCAAUCAAGGAAAUAUGUUUCAAGGACACUCAGCCCAACAACAACAGGGCAUGUCUUAUAUGGGAGGACAGCAGCCGUCUCAACAAAUGCAAGGCUCAAUGAACAGCUUCUUGGGUUCCCAACCACUACAGAUGCAAGGCUCAAUGAAUAGUUUCGCAGGAUCCCAACCACAACAGAUGCAAGGCUCAAUGAACAGCUUCGCAGGAUCCCAACCACAACAGAUGCAAGGAUCAGCAAGCAGUUUUAUUCCCUCCCAACCACAGCCGAUGCAAGAAUCCUUGAAUAGUUUUAUGGGAUCCCAAUCCUCACAACAAAUGCAGCAAGGUUCUUUGAGCAGCUAUUUGGCAUCCCAGUCUCCUAACCAAAUGCAAGCUGCAGCCAGCAACUACUUCAGAUCGCAUGCAGUUCCACCUCCAAUGCAAUCUUCCUCUGCACGAGCUGAUCAUGUAUUGCACCUACCACCAGGAAUGAGUGAUGCAGAAGCCAACAGAGUCAUCGCCAAUUUGCAUAGAUUUAUAUAAUUAGAAAAGAAAGUCGCUGGCGACUUUUACUCAUUAGGAACUUUGAGUUUAAAGAUAUAUAAUGAGACACCGUUUUUUUUCCAGAGAAGUUGACAUUUAGACUAUGAAACAACAUUGUAAGAGAGUUGACAUCUGGCACGCAAAAAAGUACAAUUUGUGGAUUAACAAAUACAUCAUAAUGAUCACGUAUUUUCUUGCCAUCAACUUUGAUUGAAAUUUUGCAAAGUCAAUACAUUUAGUUAUGAAGAGGACGUAAUGGUACUAUUUUACAUAUAAAAGCGAAUCUUCAUCAAAAUUUAGAUUUCAAUUGGUAAAUGCUGAUAUGCACUAAUAUCUGUGCUAAGAAAUUUUAUUGACUUUGUAUAAUUCAUUUCUAAGUUAAUGAUAGUUUACUUCUAUUAACUACAUAAUUCACUUUUAUUAACUACAUAGUUUACUUUUAUUAACUACAUAGUUUACUUUUAUUAACUACAUUAAAAGAUAAUGCUUAAAAUAAUGCAGAGCUGUAGUUAAAAGAGUUUUGAAGACAUGCUAUUCAUAUGGCUUUGUUUCAACAGAAAAUUUAGAAAAUUAAGUUAAAACAUAUAUGCACUUUCACUUUUAUGAUAUACUUUUAGAUUCAUAUUCAAAACAAAGCCUUAGUCAUUCAUUGUAUUUUGUACAUAGAUAAUAUAAUCAAUACUCGAUACUGAUUGUCUUGUUCGUAAUUAUGUAAAUAUUCUUUGUAAUCGUUUGAAAUAA